UAACCCCUCCCACCCCUCACCAAGUGCAACAUUAACUCCUGCCUCCCAGUCCCCUCCUGUAACAGUGCAAGUCUGCCUCAGUCAGCCUGUGUCUAUGGUCUGUGUCAGGAUAAAACCAAGCGUGAGUUCCUGUGGAAAGGGGGCACCUCCCCGUACAUGUCACACUUGGUUCCUCCCAGUUAAAGUUGGUGCCAGACUCAGCUCGAACCCUGGAAUCUCCCCGCAAUCAGAUCGCUUGUCCCUCCUGUGAUUCGGAGCUUCCAUUCCGCUCGUGUUUCCCUUGGAUAAAAAGUCGGCUAAAACUACGACUCCUCCGCUAGGAGAGGGGACCCCUCGUUCAGACAGAGGAAUAGGAGCAGCGCUUCCAGCUGGUUUCCCCGGGCAGCUGCCCCCCCUCUCACUCCGUGGCUGGUCCGGUCCGGGGAAGGAUGGUGCUGAGCAGUGACCAUGUUCCACUCUGAGAUACCAGCAGGGAUGAGCUGGGAAACGAGACAUCUGAUUUCCAAGCAUGAAAAAAGAACAUGGCGACUGUGUUUGGGAGCAGGUGCCUCAGAGCGAUGCUGCUCCGUGUGACAGAUUUAAGCAUUCCUGUGCACUAUACAAUGGCUACGUUUAUAUAUACGGCGGACGGAAGGACAGUAAUCUGGGUGAUUUUUGGCGAUACAAUAUAGCUCACAAUGAGUGGGAGCAGCUGCCGUGUUCCAAGGAAGCUCCGGACCAGCUGGAGGGACACUCUAUGGUGGCGCAUGAGGGGGUUCUCUAUGUGUUUGGGGGGAUGAUCGAUUCGCCUGCAAACCAAGAAAGCACCCCUCUCUGGAUGUAUGCCAUUGAUGUACAGAUGUGGUAUGAGGGGAAAUCGCCAGGGUGUAAGGGGAAAUCGCCGACAAACAGAAAGGGCCACAGUGCGGUUCUGCAUCAGACGUCCAUGUAUAUCUAUGGGGGAUAUUUUGAUCUCAAGGGUGCUGUGGAAGAAUUCUGGGCAUUCUCAUUUGACGCAGAGAACUGGUCAGCACUUAGUCCCCACACACGUGGGACCGGCCCUGGGCCACGACAUGGACACACGGCAGUAACAUACAAUGGAGCAAUGUAUCUCUUUGGGGGGCUGAAGAACAUGGCUGAGCAAAACGAUUUCUGGAAGUUUGAUUUUAGAAGGCACAACUGGUCCAAUAUCAAAACCAGCUCCGGCCCUCCCAAAUUAGUGGGUCAUGGCUCGCUGGUCCAUCAGAACUGCAUGUGGAUAGUUGGGGGAGGUCUGGCCUCUCGUAAUCCCAGCAGCCACUUGUGGAAAUACCAUUUCAACACUCGCUUAUGGAAGAAAGUCUCCCAUGGGAAGGAGGGCAGCCAUCUUGGGAAGAUUUACCAUUCUGUUACUGGAGUGAGCCCCCAGACCCAACAGGCCCAGGAUGUUGGAGACAAAGAAACAUUACUACCCAGGAUCCCUGCUGGAAAACGUCUGAGCUCCUGGGCCUCUGACAAAGUGGGAUCUGUCCCUAGAACAGAGGACAUAGAAAUGAAGGCAUUAAAUCAGUUCGACAUGCCGGUUUUUUGUUCCUGUUCCUUUAGCUCACAGGACCUGGCCGAUGAGCAGCACCUUCUGUCCCACUGUGAGAACAGCCUUUUCACCAGCACUGGGAAUAUUAACGUGGGCUGUGAGUCCAAGGAGCCAUUGCCUGUGUGUGACAGCGAGGACUUCAUUCUAAUCAUAGGAGGGAAACCUCUGUCCCGACCCAGUGUCAUAUCUGUUUGGCAGCUGAAACUGGGCCACGCCUGAGAGUGACUGCUGAUAUAAAGCAUAAAAUCAUCUGCUCCUCCAAAUUGGUCCAGUAUUCAGUUCUGACCUUUUAUAUGAUAUAGAGUAGGUCCGAUUAAAAUGAAACCUGGACUCAUUUGCAUUGGCCCCACUAGGGUUUUAUAUGAGUUUAUUUGAACCUCCCUCUGGUUGUCUUCCUCCAUUACCAACCCAGGUAAAAGCUAUGAUUCAAUGUACUUUCUGCUGCUAGGCUUCUCUCUUUUCCAUGGUCAGACAGGAACCUCCCCUUAAGUAAGUGAAUCCAAUCCCCUCCAAGUAGUGAUGUGAUGCCAGUAAAGCUCGACCACAACCAACCCAAACCUGCCUUCUCCCCUCUAUUUAUAGACCCGCUUAGGCACUCGCCUAUAAAACCAGAAUUCGGCAGUGUAAGGUCACAAAUGGUGUGCCAAACCUAUGGGUAUCAGGCUGGGCCGCACAUCAGUACCUCCUAGCACUUAUCCAGGUGCAGAUGUCUGAUACUCUACACUUCCUGCUCCUGGGCUGCACUUUCCCCAUGUUCAAGCAGAAACCUCCCUCUUUCAGGUAGGGCCAAUCUCCACCGCCUCUGUGACUGUUGGAAAGAGAGCAGCCCAAGAAGUACAGAGAAUUAGAGGUAAAUAGCAGGUAAGUACUGGGAGGAGAUAGUAUUCAGUGACCUGGGGGAGGUUCCUGGUCAGAUGCAUGCAGAUUUUCAGUCUUAAAUACACUUAUCCUUUAAUUCAACUGUAAAUGAAUUUGAAUGGUAAGUAGAUGGCGGUGACCUUUAUGAACCAUAAAGCGCACACUGGCCCAUCCCUUUCACCUGGAUUGUAUACGUCGUAUCUAUUAGAAUCAAAUAAGUUCUGCUCCACAUCUUUGUCUUAUCAGUGGGGGCCACUCCAUGGCGGUGUAACCUGUGAACCUGUACUUAAAGGACAUUUUAAAGGGAAUCAAUCCCAGUAAGUGACAGAGGCAGCAAUGUAUUAUGUGCCAAACAUAUACUUAGCAUUUUAACAAAGCAAUAAGGCUGUAGGUGAGUAGGGGAUUCGUUGCCUAAUAAUCAACUGUGUGUAGUGUAGCCACGGAGUAGCCAUUGAUGAUUUAAAUCAGUGAAGCUGAGGAUCCCAGUGAGGACAGAAGCUGCUGCAGAUGUCAAAUACACUUAAUUUUCACACCGCAUACACCUGUGGCGGGGGAGGUUUCCCAGCUGCCACAUUGCAAAUAUAGGCAAAUUAUGAACAUUAUUUCCUGCUGCAAACAACCCAAUCAUGCUGUGAACCCGACUGCCAGAACUACUUGUUGUACCACAGUGAUUUCCCAGCUCUAAUACGGAUUCCAGCACCAACUGCAGAACAGCAGGAUUGAUUUCCCUGCAGCAGGAAAACAUGAAUGAUUGAAAUUGCACAGAAACAAACCCAAUAUAGGACACAUGUGAUGCAACCUACACUUCAGGUCAGUAGUCGUGACAGGAUUGGUUUCUUGGGACAGGUUUACCUUUAAAUACAAUAUAAAAUCUUGUAUUUAAAUAAUGGAGCAGUAUUAUUACUUUGUACAUUUUCCAGCAGCAAAUAUUGAACAUGAAUUUAUUUUCGGAAUAAAUCAUACUAAAGGGAAAUAUGUCCUUCCAUUCUCUAGCUGCAGCAUUCACAUUAUUAUGUUUUAUGAAUACAUUUCCUUGUAUAAUAUCAAUUGCUAAUUAAAUAUUACUCUUGCGUAUUUGUUGCAUUGGAACAUUAUACUGCAUCCAUCUAUCAUUGCUUGCAGCAUGGUCUGUAACCUUGCAGAGAAUUAAUAUUAUUGGACAUAAGGAGAGGAGGGAUCACAGAGGGCUGCUGGCAAUAGGGGCACAAGGUAUUACAGAAUACUGCCAGCCCGAAUGAGAAAAGGUAUUUUUCCAACUGUUGGAUGAAGAGGGUUUAACAGCAAAUGUGCUCUCCACUUAUAAGCUAUAGGCCUAGCUGGUUUGAAAACGGAGCCCAUUUACAUAACACAACUCCCCUUGGAUAAGUAAGCUCUUCAGACCACACAUGUUCUUCCCCCACUACAGAGCGCUGGUGAGGAGUACUCCCCGUCAGGAACUGCUCACCUUCCCAUCACCAUAUGGGGUUGUGGAGCUCUGAUUCUCUGUACUUCCUGCCCAUGGGCUGUUCUCUUUCCCAUAGUCUGGGAGGAUCCUCCCCCAGGGUUAGUGAUUCCAAUCUCCCCCUGUACUUACCUAGGUACAGAGCUCUGAUUUUCUUUUUUACUGCACCUGGGCUGCUCGCUUUCCCAUAGUUUCUCCCAUUCCCCCACCUUCCCUGGUAAAUGAAUCCAGUCUCCCCCAAGUACCUAUCCAGGUACAGAGUUCUAAUCCUCUGUACUUCCUGUUGCUGGUCUCUCUUUAACAUAGACAGGCCACCCUUCCUGUAAGCUCCCAGGUACAGAGUGUGGAUUAUCUUUGCUUCAUGCAGAUAACUUGGGGUUUUUCUCUUUCUGUAUAUAGACCAAAAAUCAUCAAUGGCCAAAUCUCUGUUCAACAUGCAUUGGAACACCCAAAGAGAAAUGUAACCCCCUCUGCUACUAACUUUCCAUAGGGUGCAAGCCCCACCCUUGUCUGGCCAUGGGAAAGAGAGCAGCAAGCAGCAAUACAGAGACUCAGAGCUCUACACUUGAUUAAGUACUGGGGGGUGGGGUUUGACAGCUUUGAAUAAAAGGGACUCAUAUCGAACAUUUUUAUUAUUAAAAGGAAAACGAUUACAGUGUAAAUGAUAAAGAUUUAAUAACAAUCAGAGAAUAGAGAAUUUACAUGGAACAAUCCAUUUGUGACUGGGGGAGGGGGGUACAUAAAUUCCAGUGCAGCUAAUAAAAUAAUCCAGUUUCUCUAUAAAAGUCGUGAUAAAAUCCAGGCUGUGAGUGAACACUCAAAAAUAAAUUACUUUUCUCCCUCUACAGUAAAGAUUCCAUUAAAAAAAAAAAA